AUGAUCAGUAGAUCAAACAGCCAGAGUAGAGGCAGACCUUUCUCUGUAAAUAACCCUUUCCGAAGCGCGUCCGUGGAUCCUGCUGUAGCACAGUAUACUAAUGAUAGACAAUUCCAAGACUGGGUAAAGGAGAAUGGGGCCUUUCCAUUGAACAACAGUGGCCGAAACUCUUCGAAUUCAAGUCUUCCAGUCUCCCUUAAAGAGGAUUAUUCCGGCAAUAGUUUCAGAGUCCAAUCGCCGGUGGGACAACAAUCAAAAAGUGGUAGUAUGCCUUCAACGAAUCCAUUCCUUGACGACAUCAGCUCGACUGAGGGGUCUAUAAACAACAGUCCACCUCUAAAUCACAGUCCACCGGUAAACAGUAGUCCACCUGAUUAUCCAAGGAGGACUAAUGGAUCACAAACUUACUCCACAGCGAGAGAGGAGAAAGAACGUCUAAGAGAUAGAUAUAGAGAGGAAGCCCAGAUAAAUGACCAGCCUCAGACAGUAGAUUUACCACCUUCGUAUGAUGAAGUUGCUGGAGGAAGAAAGGUAAGAUCUGGCUAUCCAAGGGAAAAAGAGGGCACUGCCUCUAGUGGGAAUGGACAUCGGAGUAGUGGUCAUCGUCAUCGUCGUCAUAGAGAUGGUGAUAAGGAGCACUCUUCUCGCCAUAGAAGCGCCGGUCACGGUCCUGGUUCUGGUUCUGGUUCUGGUUCGGGCUCAAAGGAUAAAAAAAAAGGUAAAACAAAAGGGCCGACAUCAAAAUAUGUUGACACUAUCGAUAAGAUGGAUGUUACGGGACUUUUUGGGGGAUCAUUCCAUCAUGAUGGUCCAUUUGAUGCUUGCACACCACAUAGGAAUAAGAAUACGAAAGCUGCACCAGUUUUAGCUUUUCCAGCUGAUGGUCCAAACAACAGUAUUGGUGGUGCUUCUACUAAGAAAUCAGCUUUAAACGAAGUUUUUGGGAGAGAGGAAUUAGAUGAUGAUGAUGAUAUAUACAAUACGAAGGUUUCAAAAAAAACUCUGCCGGUGAUUAUCAGCAAUGCCGGCAGCACGACUACUUUGGAUGCUAUAAAGCCGAACACAAAUGGAUUGACCCAAUUUGAUGCAAAGGGUAAGUCGCAGGUUGUACAUGGCCCUACAACAAUGGGUUUGGGAUCAACGACAUUUCUCGAUGGUGCGCCCGCUUCAUCAAAUACAAUCAAAGAGGAUAUCAGACACCAUGCGAUUCAGUCACGUAAUGGAAUUCAAAGGAAAAAAUCUUUAUCACAAAGGCUUCAAGUUGGUGGGAAUAGUAAUGACAAAAAUGAAGUAACAUCAACUUUGAAACUAGCAAAAACUCAUAGCGGUCACUUAGAGAACUUUGACGAUUAUGAAAAUCAAGAGAAAGACACUUACGCCUCUGUGCGUUUUGAGCAAAACCCAAAAAAGGAAUCUACAGGAAACAAAUUAUUAAGAAGGGUGAAAAGUUUGAAAGUAACCAGGAAACCUUAA